CUCCUUAUUCCUGCAUCUUCUCCUAUGCUCCGUGUGCGCACACGGCACAACUACCCAUAAAGGACAAACUGACAUUACUCUGUCAAUACUUCUGUAAUAGUAAAUACUAUACAACCAUCUUCACAACCAUUCCAAAAUCAAGAACUACAACAAACCCAAAUCAAAUGGAGAUAUCCGGUUACGGGCGAGAUGGCAUAUACAGAUCACUCCGCCCUCCUCUGCUCCUACCCAAAGACCCAAACCUCUCAAUGGUCUCAUUCCUCUUCCGGAACUCCUCCUCUUACCCCGACAAACCCGCCCUCAUCGACGCCGACUCCGGCCACACCCUCACCUUCUCCCAAUUCAAAUCCAACGUCGCCAAACUCUCCCACGCCUUCCUCAACCAAUUGGGUAUCAAGAAAAACGACGUCGUCCUCAUCUUCGCCCCCAAUUCCAUCCAAUUCCCAAUCUCCUUCUUCGCAGUCGUGGCAAUCGGCGCUAUUGCCACCACUGUAAACCCUUUGUAUACGGUACCAGAGAUUUCGAAACAAGUUAAGGAUUGUAAGCCAAAGGUUAUUAUAACCGUACCUGCUUUAUGGGAUAAGGUUAAGGGGUUUGGAUUGGAUUAUGUUAUUAUGGGUAGUGAGAAAAAUUCUGACUUGAUUGGUAUGAGCUCAGAUUCGAAGGUUACAUGGUUAAUUGAUUUGGUGAACAAUUCUGGGUCGGUGUCUGAUUCGUUUCCUGCGGCUGCAAUUAAGUCGAGCGAUACGGCUGCUCUGUUGUAUUCUUCCGGCACAACAGGGCUAAGCAAAGGAGUGGUUUUGACCCAUAGGAAUUUUGUGGCGGCGGCUUUAAUGGUUACUGCUGAUCAAGAACUGUCGGGGGAGAUGCACAACUUGUUCUUGUGUGUGUUGCCUAUGUUUCAUGUUUUCGGACUUGCUGUGAUUAUGUACGCGGAGCUGCAGAGGGGGGAUGGGAUCGUGUCGAUGGCGAAGUUUGAUUUGGAGAUGGUUUUGAGGGCUGUGGAGAAGUAUAGAGUGACACAUUUAUGGAUUGUGCCACCUAUUGUGCUUGCUUUGGCUAAGAAUAGUGUGGUGAAGAAGUAUGAUCUGUCGUCUUUGAGGCAAAUUGGGUCCGGUGCAGCGCCUUUGGGGAAGGAUUUGAUGGCUGAAUGCGCGAAGAAUUUUCCUCAGGCUGUAGUUAUGCAGGGCUUUGGUAUGACAGAAACUUGUGGGAUUGUUUCAGUUGAGAAUCCAAGGUUGGGUCCUCGACAUUCUGGUUCAGCAGGACUCCUUGUUCCAGGAGUGGAAAGUCAAAUAGUUGGCGUGGAUACUCUGAAGCCUCUUCCUCCUAAACAGCUGGGCGAAAUAUGGGUUCGGGGAGCUAACAUGAUGAAAGGUUAUUAUAACAAUCCACAGGCCACCAGAGCUACUAUAGAUAAGCAAGGUUGGGUCCGUACAGGAGAUCUUGGGUAUUUUGAUGAGCAAGGACAACUAUUUGUUGUUGACCGAAUUAAAGAGCUCAUCAAGUACAAAGGCUUUCAGAUUGCACCAGCAGAGCUCGAAGGAUUGCUUGUUUCUCACCCUGAAAUACUGGAUGCUGUUGUCAUUCCGUUCCCCGAUGUUGAAGCUGGUGAGGUCCCGGUUGCAUAUGUUGUCCGCUCGCCCACCAGUUCUCUUACAGAAGAAGAUGUGCAGAAAUUCAUAGCAGAACAGGUCGCACCUUUUAAAAGAUUGCGGCGGGUAACAUUUAUAAACAGUGUUCCAAAAACAGCUUCAGGGAAGAUUCUCAGAAGAGAACUCAUUCAGAAAGUCCAGUCCAAAAUUUGAUAUCCUUCAACAAACAUGCAUGAAACAAGUGGUUUUGGGAGAAGUCAGCAAUCGUAUGGCGUGGUUGCUUGUUGGCCCCCGACGAUCUCUUAAAAUCCAAGUUUUGCCUGUUUGGUUCAAAGAGUGGUGUAGGACGAUGUAUGAUUCUCCAAUAAUUCGCAGUAUAUGGCAAUGAAGCUUUUGUCUCAUAUCUAUCCGAUACAUGCCUUCAUUCAGAUUAAGUGCAUGAAAUUAUGUUUUGUUCGAGGAGAAGUGCACCUUUGCCGUUCAGUUGUCUUGUAUUUACUCCUACUAUUUAUGCCUGUGUUGUGUGAUACCUGAGGCAGAGGCACAAGACAAAUGUGAAGUUCCUGAUCUUGUUUUGGCAACGACUCCAGGAACAUACAAGUAUUUCAGAAUCGAAGAAAAAUGUUGUUUCUAUUGAUUUCAGUGUUCAAAAAGAUAUACGAAUAAUCUCAUUCUCGAUAUCACAAUUUUCAAUAUAAUUAUGGAGAUUUUAUUUUUUCCCAUGGUGUCGGCGGACACCACAGAUUACUACCUGCCGUCGCCACCGGUUUGAGUACAUGAAUUCCAAAAGCAUUUGUUAUACCAACUCCCUUGGCUUUCUAUGUAGAAGAGUAGAACCUCAACUAAUAUCAACUUUUAUUGCUAUUCAUAAUCAAUUGAACCAUAUCCAUUGUACAGUUCCCCACACCACUGAAAACCGAAUUCACAACUAACUCCUUAAACCCAACUCACCAAACAAACACAGAAUUAAUCGCAAGAAUUGAGAGAAUUAGGUGAAACAGAAACUUUAAUUAAUAGCCACAGAAGCAAAAUGCCCCGAAGAGCCUGCCGAGCGGGUGCAGAGCGGCCGAUCUGAGCCAUUCAUCUCGGCACAGACGGUUUGGAAUAUCGAAUCUGAGUGUAUACAAAUCGCAUACAAAUCUGACUCGUCCAUUGCUCAGUUAAGAUCCAAGUCGUCGAUUGCCGAGAUGAGCGGAUGAGCGGCCGGCCGCUCAUCACCGCUCUGCAGGGAGGCAUCUCCCAUUCGACUCCGAAAUACUAUAUGUACAACUGUUCCUUGUGUGAAGUUACGUAAUGUAAUGUAAUGUAAUCCGUUUUAGACCACCGGUUUCAGAAAAUUCACAUGCAAAGCUUCGAUAGGCAUUCAAUUUUGAAUUACUUUUUAAAAAUGGUCAUUGACAAAUGUGUCUUUGACCGUGUACUUAGCUUAAAUUGAAGUGUAAUUAGUAUUAUACUCCGAACCCUAAACUCAGGUGUAAUUUAUUAAGUAUUAUACGAAUUUAAUUUAAUGGCCGUAACUCACGAUGUAUAUAUCCACUACCCACCAAAGGACGUCAGUCAUGCCAAGCCGAGAAUGAUUUUGUUCACUGUGAACAUUACAUUCCCUCCGAUCGGUGAAAAAAGGUUGGAUCCCAGCACGUUAACUUCAUUAUUACCAAAAAGUGUAUUGAUCUGGUGGACGUAUAUUCAUCUCUUUGUGUAGUGGACUGAACGAUACGGCUCAGACCAUGUGUCACAGCGAGACAGCCCGGAGCCAAGACAGAAUGACCCGAGCUGUCGCCCAGAGACUCUCCCCCAUAUCCACCGAAGUAAGCUCAAGGCCGAGCCACUCAGGCUCGGUGGGAGCCGAGUUCAGACAAAGGGACUCCACUCUCAGAUCUCGUUCCAUCAGCUCAUUGCCUUGGCAGAAGGACGAACAACCUGGGUUCGGCCGAGGCCAAAGCUCGGACAUAGCAUCUUGCUUCGUCCUUCCUCUUCAGGGGCACCUCGGACGGCACCGAGUCUCCAAAGCUCGGCCACGUUCAGUGUCACGUACCCCCACGCGGAGGAAAUGAUUAUGCCAAGAGAUAAUGAUCGAUUGACGCACGUGGGGUGCCAACUCAACCUGGAAACGGUUAUCAGGCCUUAUCGGUGAUAUCACGGACACACGGACACGUGUAGGGCGAAUUCGCGUACUUGGAAAGCAAGCAAAGAAGACUUUAUAAUUAAAUACCCCUCGAUAGCAGCCCUAAAGAGAUGCAUACUUCUCCCCUAGAAAAACCCUAGUACUUCCCCUUCUUGCUCUUCACAUUUUCUCAUCUACACACCAGAUGGUCAUUGCGGAACUCCUCCUAUGUGGUCUCUAAUCGUGCUUCCUUGUGCAGGCUAGGUGGAAGCUAGGAGUUCUCACUCUCACUCGAGCCACACUUCCAGAGGAAGCGAGCCGCGUUCAUAAAAGUCCCACACUUUGUAAGUUACUAAUGCCAUAGGCAUGAAAAUUAUUUACACCAAAUGUCAUUAAGAACAAACUAAAAUCGAAUACUAAUUCCUAUCAAGUGUAAGUUUUUCGUUUUGGUUUAUUUACCCGGGAAAGUUGAAAAUUAGUCGAAAGGGAAACGUCAUGUGCAACAUGCCAAGUCCAACACCACCUUCAAAAAGUCAAGACUCUUGAAAAGAGUGGUGGCACCUUUAGACACACAGGGAUGACAGUCUUGGAAGAUUUGUCAAGAAGAUUUGAAUAUCGUGAUCGGUCAGUGAGUCCGUCUCAACAAAAGCCGACUCUUUUAAAAAAAAGAAAAAGGAAUGACCAUAACAUUUAAGAAAGCUUUCUCUAAUAGUAAUAAACAAUCACUUAAAGUGAUUUAUUCAUUAUGCUAAUAACAACAUAGGCUACACUAUUCUCUUAUUCAUUACAUAACCAUAUCACUAGCAUAAUAAUAUUAAUACUCGGCCCAUCUCUCUAAUCCUGAUUACCUGAAAAGAAAUAUUUCAACAACAUAAGCAACUACUUGUAUGAGAUUAUGAAUUAUCAGAGUUACAUGAUCUACCAUAGAAUUUAUAAAAUUCUUUUUAUCGAAUAAAAGCAGGAAACAUAAUUCAGUUUUUUAUGUCUUGAACUGUAAUCAAAAUCAUAACUUCAGUUUUUCUCGUCUUAAACUGUAACCAAAAUCAAACUGCAUAUAACAUAAUACGAUAUACCAUCCAAUGAUUUCUAUAGGUACUGAGGGAGCGACCCCCAAUGCGUAUACAGUGAAUUGAUCAAUUCAGACGAACACCCGACUAUGCCUCUUUUCAUUAUGCCCUUAUUACAUCGUUUCCACUAGUAUCUUUAACGUCCCCUAGAUUCAAAGACAUCGUUCAGAUGUAUCAAUAAUACUUUUUCAUAUACUGUUUAAAUCAUCAUAAUUCCAUGGUAUAUUUGCUACAAAAGAAUUCAAAUGUUAAAUAACAAUACUUUUGUAAACCAAAAAUAUAAAUUUUACAAAAAAUUCAUGUAACAAUGAUAAUUCAUAACUCACCUCUUUGAUUCCGAAAUUAAUGGUAAGAUCUAUUGAACCUUCUGAAAAUUCCCUUCCUCUUUCUUUCUUUUUUCUUCCCCUCUCUUUUUCCUUCUAUUUAUUUGCUAGUGGUGGUGUGUGCCGUGUGUGUGUGUGUGUGUGUGUGUGUGUGUGUGUGUGUUGUGUUGUGUUGUGU